CCUAGAGUGUAUAGUGUAUACACAUAAUUAAAUUAAGAUGAUGGGGAAGAAGAUUAUUGCUUUUUUAACGCUUGUAAUGGUUUUAGGCUUGCAAGUGACAACAUUGGAUGCACGUCAAAUUGAUGACAUUAGUUGCUCUGAGGCUAUUGUGUCAUUGUUGCCAUGUGUCCCUUUUUUGACAGGAUUAGGCCCACCAACACCAUCUACUUCCUGUUGUGAAGCAGCACAAAACUUAAAUCAAAAGGCGGACACCACUCAGGUUCGACGUGAUGUUUGUGAAUGUCUCAAAGGAGCUUCAAUAAAAUUUGGCGUUAACUCUGACAAAACAAAACAACUCCCACAACUUUGUAACCUUAGUCUUUCUUUUUCGUUUGAUCCUAGCAUUGACUGCAACACGAUUCCAUAAUUCUACCAUAUGGGUCAAGCAUAUCAUGAAGUAAGCUAGAAGUACAACAACAAAAACUUUAUAGCAAUAAGCAAAGUGAAAAAUUGUACCAACUCUUUAAAAUUGGAUAGUUUUUAGCUGCAUAUUUAUGAAAAUUUGAAUCAUAUUUAUUUGUU